ACAAAGGGACGGUACUCUUGAUGUGUUCUGUUUGAGCCAAUCAGUGGAAAGGCACUGUGCAAAUGGCCGCGAAACAUUUAAAAUUGCGCCCAGCUAUGUGAGAAGGACCUUGUAACCUGCAUGUCAUAUCUAAUAUCUUCUGUUUGUCAUUUCCUAGAAUGCACGACGUUUGAACAGGAAUCACUUUGAGGAUAAGAAGCAUAUAAUGGCGGAUGGCGAGCAUGAUGUACGUGUAGCAUGCCUGUCCGGGAUCUUGGAUUUGCAACGUGUUUGUCAAAAGGAAAACCUGCAGUUUUCACCCGAAACCAACAAGUUCCUUGUUUACCAGACUUUGAAAAAGGUCGGACCAUGGACAGCACAAAAGCUCAUAAGUAAACUGGUGGAACGCGGAGACCUUCAGUGGGAGACCGACGAGGACUUUGAAGUGGAAACAGUCAUUGACCACUGUAAUGAGGAUGGAGUUGACUUCUACCUGAUCAAGUGGAAGGGAUGGAGCAACGGCCACAACUCCUGGGAGCCUGCGGAGAACCUGCAGUGUUCAGAACUCAUCAAGGAGUUCCAUUCCUUGCCUCCAAGCAGACUCGGAGGGAAGAGACGACUUGCUGACAUUGCCAAUGGAGGUGACAUCAAGCUGAACAAGAAGCGCAGAGUAGAUGAGAUCUUCGCCAAACUGGUGAAAUCCCCGAUCCGGGAGAUGAUCUCCCCGCUUCACCUGCUGUCCCUGUCCAGCCCCAAGAAGGGCAAGCAGCCCCAGUACAAAGGUCUCAUCACCGGGGACGACCAGAAGAUCAGGAAGGUUAACACCGGAACGUCUUACACAAACCCACGAACAAAGGGCUAUAAGCAGAAGAGGCUGGAGGUUCAGAAGGCUUUGAAGGAGUGGGAAAAGCAUCUAAACAACAUCAGCACUGAUCCAGCCCCCAUCAGUGUGGAGAACAAUAUCGACCUGGAGGGGCCACCUGAGAACUUUGAAUACAUUAACGACUACCGUGAGGGCGAGGGGAUCACCAUUCCCCAGGAUCCGCUCGUCGGAUGUGAAUGUGAGGACUGCUGGGAUACUCGCAAGAGUUGUUGUCCGGCUGCUUGUGGGGCGGAGUUUGCAUACUACAAGUAUAAGCGGGUGAGGGUUCUCAAAGGGACCCCCAUUUACGAGUGUAACAAGAGCUGCAAGUGCGGACCUGAUUGUCCCAAUCGGGUUGUUCAGCAUGGUCGGCAGUGUAAAGUUUGCGUGUUCAGAACUCACAAUGGCAGAGGUUGGGGCGUAAAGGCACUCCAGAAGAUCAAAAAGGGAACAUUCGUCAUGGAGUAUGUGGGAGAGGUUAUAACCAAUGAAGAAGCUGAACGCCGGGGAAAGAUUUAUGAUGCCGAAUGUCGGACAUACUUGUUCGACCUGGACUACAAUGAUGGAGACUGUCCCUACACUGUGGAUGCUGGUUACUAUGGCAACGUCUCCCAUUUUGUUAACCAUUCUUGUGACCCGAAUUUAGAGGUGUUCGGAGUAUGGAUAAACACGCUUGACCCAAGACUGCCAAGAAUUGCCCUCUUUUCAAAAAAAGAUAUCUCGAAAGGGGAGGAGCUGACUUUUGAUUACAUGAUGACCGGGGACACAACACUGCAAACUGUCAACCAAGUGUCGGAAUCCGAGCUGCCCCCCUUGUCAACCCCACUUCAGAUGCCCCAGUCGGAUGACACAACCAGUGAAUACUCCUACACCUCUCAGGAUCCUGACUCUAGCUCAACAUCCACUUCCAGAUCCCCAUCAAAAUCGGGACCUGGAAGCACCCCUUCAAAACCUACAGGAGGAAGAUCUCCAUCCAAAUCUGAAAGUAGGUCCUCAUCCAAGGAAGGAAGAUCCCCUUCGAAAUCUGAAAGUAGGUCCUCAUCCAAGGAAGGAAGAUCCCCUUCCAAGUCCAGUAAGGACCAGUCACCAGCUAAACUGGAUCCAAGCCUGUCUUCGAGGUCCGGAAGCUCCAAAUCUCCAACAAAGAGCAGAAGUGAAGCAGUUGAGAAAAACAUUGAUGGUGAUGACACCAAGUCUGAUAUUUCCGAUAUUCCCAACCCUGUCCGUCAGCAGUAUCGGAUGGUGUGCCAGUGUGGGGCUGCAAACUGCAGAAAGUACCUGUUUUAGUCCUUCGUCCUCGUCUUGUCCAUCUUACUGACCGGGAUAAUAACACAGGAGGGUCGGCUUGAUUUCUCCUCUGUUCUCCUCAGGGAAAUGUGGGUUCCUCUUGUAUGCCCUGUGCUCUUAUGCAAGAAACUCUUCUGGAUCUCUUUUGUGAACUGAAAAUGCUUUUGAUUAUGCAGUAUUAAUCAUACAUUUUUCUGGGUUUCAGAUUGUGGAGAUGCAUUAAGAAUAUGACAAGUAUAUUUGAACAUACUUUGUUGGCUGUGUAAACAUUUAAAACAAAUUGGUGUUUAUAUAAUUGUGAUUAUUGAACUUUGCUUUGAUACAGAAGACCAAGCCUUGAUACAGAUUCCCAUUUACCCCAAGCAUAAACCCUACACUAAACUGUUAAAAUUAUGUAUCAUUGAUAAGUUUGUGUCAAGAUAGGUUUUCAGGAUGGAAAAUAAGAACUUUGUUUAAGAGAGACGUUAUUUAAUAUCAAGGUCAUGCCAGCAAAUUUGCUGGAUUGAAAUCAUUUCAGUAUAAUACCUCUUCAUUUACUGUAAUUUCGUUUAGGGUUUACAUGCAGAAUAUGAAUUAAUAUUGGAAUUGUCAUCACCCAGUCUAUGUUGACAAGUUUUGAGUGUUUAUUUGUCCAGGGUUAUCAUGCAGAUUGAUGUGAUACUGUCAAGUUUCAAAAGGUUAAUGGUGACAUACGUGUGGCCAUUUUCAGUUUAGACUAAAGCUGUCACUGUCUCUGUCUUUGGGUCUCGAUUAGAGUGCUAUGAUCAGCUUGGAGAGGUUUAAAUUUGGCACUGUUCCUACUCAUUGCUUGGAACCAUGUUAUUCAAUUAUUCUGAGCAAUUUGAUGUUGUUUAAUGAGAAGGAUGGCUGUUGGUGAACCUAGUUGUACUAGUCCUAAGAGUUUGUAGCUAGUCCUUCUGGAAUGAGUUACUUUAACAUUUUCUAUAACAUUCACUAUCAGGUUUAAUAAGUUCCAGCUCACUCAUUGAGAAUUAGCCGUCAAAUGCUUCAAUUCAAUUAGGACUACCCUUGAUC